AUGGGUAAAAUGAGGCAAAUAAUCGAGGAAGAGAAAGGAAAAGUGGGGAUGACGAUGAAUGCUCAAGCGCAGGGUCGGCGUAAGGGUAUGGGAAUGGGAGUGAAGAAGUGGAUGGUGGUAUCGAAGAAAGGGCUAUCAUUACUUGAGGAAGUUGAAGAACACUCCAUUAUGAGGCGAACUGGGUUGCUGGCGCGUGACCUUAGGGUCCUCAAUCCUAUGUUGUCUAAUCCCUCUUCCAUCCUAGGACGUGACAGAGCCAUUGUUGUCAACAUGGAACACAUCAAAGCCAUCAUCACUGCCAAGGAGAUCCUCAUGAUAAACUCCUCCAACCCUUUGUUUCUUCGUUUCCUUCAUGAUCUUCUUGCUCAUCUUCCUUCUUCUAGCAAUGAAACGCCUCACCGUGUACUUGCCUCUCCCUAG